UCAAAUUUGGCAGCAUUAUAAAUUGCAUUGAAAGAGAAUCCCCAUUUAUUUAUUGUCUUACAGUCUACAAGGAAGGUUGAAAAAAAGUUGCUAUAAAUAGGUGUGCAGCUUCAGGCAGUCAGUAUGCAUUGGCUCAAGUUUACCAAUUUGGUUUCUCUUCUUUUUCUGGGUUUUGCCUUCCUUCUGUAUUUUCACAUCUACCCAUCUUCUUCCCAUCAAAAUAUGGCCGAAGACGCCCCCAAGUCAAUAUACGACUUCACUGUCAAGGACAUUCGUGGAAAUGAUGUAAGUUUAAAUGAAUACAACGGGAAAGUUCUUCUGAUUGUGAAUGUUGCUUCAAAAUGUGGUUUAACGCAAUCUAACUACAAGGAACUCAAUGUGUUGUAUGAAAAAUACAAAAACCAAGGAUUUGAGAUAUUGGCAUUUCCUUGCAACCAGUUUGCCGGACAAGAACCAGGAACUAAUGAACAGAUUCAGGAAGCUGCAUGCACAAUGUUCAAAGCAGAAUUCCCAAUUUUUUAUAAGGUUGAGGUAAAUGGAAAGAAUGCAGCCCCUCUUUACAAGUUUCUAAAAUCAGAAAAAGGUGGAUACUUUGGAGACGCUAUCAAGUGGAACUUCACAAAGUUUCUGGUAAAUAAAGAAGGAAAAGUUGUGGAGAGAUAUGCUCCAACUACAUCACCUCUCAAAAUUGAGAAGGACAUACAGAACCUACUAGGAUCUUCUUGAUUGUCAAGCAGCAUACAAGGGACAUUUUCUGGAAAUUGCUGGGAGUAGAUGGAUCUAAAGCUUGGUUAGUGUUUGAUGGUGUUUUUCUCAUGCUAUCUAAAUUAUAAGGAUGAAUGAUUGCAAUGUCGACUAUAAAUAAUAUCUGUGGAGCUGCUACACACAGAUGGUUGCAAGGCUAGUGGUUAAUAAUCUGUAAUAAUUUCUGCGGAGCUUUUACAUAUUUUCGCAAUGAUUCAAACUACUUCCAUCUAUCUGAUAUAUAUCUUCUAUC